AUGCAUCUCUCUCUUUUACUAACUCUUGCUUCUGGGGUGACUGCUGCUGCUCCUACCGUCCGUCUAGGUAAAACGACUGUGGUAGGAAGGGAUGUCUCUUUGCUCAAGCAAGAUUUCUUUGGCGGCAUACCGUACGCAGAGCCUCCAUUAGGAAGGCUUCGCCUAACGCCACCCGUGUUGAAAACUAGGCUCAGUAGCGCGACUUUCGACGCGAGUAACUUCAGCCGGUUCUGUUUACAGCCGGGGCCUUCUCCCGCGGAAAUGUCAGAGGAUUGCUUGACUAUCAAUGUAUUCCGCCCUUCAGGCAUUCCAAAGGAUGUGAAACUUCCUGUACUUGCCUGGACGCACGGAGGUGGGUUCUGGCGCGGCGCGACAAAUCAAUACAACGCUAGUGCAAUUGUUGCACAAAGUGUUUCUCGGCAAACUCCUCUCAUAGUUGUAAGCUUCAACUAUCGGCUAGGUCCCUUGGGUUUCCCCCAGGGUGCAGAAGCAGAACGCGAGUGUGCUCUUAAUCUCGGUCUGAAAGACCAACUCGCUGCAUUGGAAUGGGUACAGGAGAAUAUUGAAUUUUUUGGAGGAGAUAAGUCUAAGGUAACCGUGUUCGGAGAAAGUGCAGGGGCAAUCAUGACAGCAAUUCAAUUCUUGAAUCCUCGCUUCUCGGACGUGGCAAGAGCAGCUAUCUUUGAAUCAGGUUCUGCUGCGUCAGGCUUCGAACAUGCUCCGACCCAUCGCGACGUUGGAUGGGCGAACUUUGUGAGUGGGGUGCCGGAAUGUGCUUCCAUCGCAAAUUCGGGUGCUAGUACUUUCGAUUGCUUGAAGACUGCCAAUUCCUCGUCCAUUUUGAAGGGUGUGAUCAUAGCGGUUGGCAACGUCACGACGACUACUGGAUUUGUUCCCACUCUCGACGGACCUGGUGGGUCCUUACCCGACCGGCCCUCCCGACUUCUCAAAGCGGGAAGAUUUGCACGGCUUCCAGUCAUUGCUGGGACUAAUCUAGACGAGGGAACUGUUUUCGCGGCCGGAUAUCCAAACAUGGAUUACGGGGACGAAAGCCUGCGAGAAUUGAUACGAACGGUUUUAACCCCAUCAGAUGUUAGCCCGCAAACUCUCAACCACGCAAUCGAGCAGUUACUCGGACUCUACCCCGAUGAUCCAACAUUGGGAUCGCCCUUCAACACUGGCAAUGAGACAUUUGGCCUACCUCAAGGUUAUAAGAGAACGGCCGCUCUGAUGGGAGAUUCAAUCUUUGAAUCGCAACGACGUAUAUGGCAACAGACACUGGCAAAUGCUGGGGUAAAAACUUAUGGGUAUCUAUUCACUCAACCACAGCCGCCAAGUGCACUUGGAGUUGCACAUGCCUCUGAAGUUCCCUUCAUCUUCGGGGAUGUCACAAACCCUUCUGACGUACAAAUGAGUCGCAUCAUGAUUGAUUAUUGGGUUUCGUUCGCGACUAGCCUGGACCCUAACGAUGGAAAAGGCCUAACGCGACUUUCGUGGCCACAAUACACAUAUGAAAAGCAGGUUCUUUUGCAGCUGAAUAGUCAAAACACAACGGUCAUUCCUGACACCUACCGAAAGAAACAAAUUGACUUUAUCAAUCAAAAUCCCAUAACAUUCCUUCAUAAAAAACGUCUCCUGUAG